AUGAAAAGAUCGGCUGGCUCAAGAGGCCUGAUGGAAAAUUGGCUGAAGAAUUGCAACAAAAAAACUGUCACUUUGAGUGAUCGUUGUGAGACUGAUAGCGAGCAACCGAAUAUUGAAACCGGAAGUGUCAUCGAUAUUCGUUCAAAUGCUGGUCAUCCUAACAGGUUGCAAUCUACAGCGUCUGCCAGUUCGAGCACUUCGAGCAAUGAUAAUUUAAAGAUAACAUCAAACUUAUCAUUGUCUCACAACCACCCUCCGGCUCAACCGAUUAUUUCCGAAUUUCCAGUAAAAAAUGGCAGAAGAUUCAAUCCCGAGCACUACAAAAUAUUCAGAUGGCUUGAAUACUCCAUUGAAGAUGAUUCUGUUUACUGCUAUGCAUGUAGACAUUUCUGUAGAAAUACUGUAUUUGCUGGACAAUCCUACGGAAAAGUAGCGUUUGUUGACUAUGGUGUGAGUAAGUGGAGAGAUAUCAAAUCCAUACUUCAACAACAUUCUGUGAGUCAGAAACAUAUAAGUUCUAUGACAUUUUGGACAAAUGCCACUGCAAUUCAAAAUAAAACUUCCCAAAACAUAGCAAAUACGUUGAACGAGAACCGCGCCUGUGAUGUUGAAGAUAACCGCCGGCAUGUUCGAUGGUUGAUUAAAGCAACUUGUUUCCUGGGGAGGCAAGGACUAGCUUUUCGGGGGAAAGAUGAAAGCGAAAAUUCUAGGAAUAAAGGAAAUUUCAUUGAGCUGCUAGAAAUUUUCUCUGAUGAAGAUAAGAGGUUGAAAGAAAAAUUGUCUCUACGAUAUGGUCACUACACUUCCCCAGAAUAUCAAAACGACUUAAUCGCUACAGUCGGUGCUCUUACAAGACAAUCUAUUCUAGACAAGAUGUCAUCGCAUGGGUUUUUCUCUAUUUUAGUCGAUGAAUCGAAAGAUAUUUCAAAAAAGGAACAGUUGUCAUUUGUUCUCCGGUUCGUGGAUAAAUUAGCCUUAUCAGCUCUAGGGCUGCAACUGAUCGUGUCCAGAGGUUCUUCGAAUUUUCCAUUCUUCAGCGAGGUGGAAUCGCUCAUCGGAAUAGAGAGAUGGCAGUUCAGGCUAUUGUCCGUACUGUCCUGA